AACCCAAGCGCCAGGUUCUCUCAAAGCUCCACGCGAAACUGGCGUGCCACACUCGAGCUCAGUGACUAAAACGAUAUAAAGAUGUAUAGGUUCAAUCGAUCCACCAUGAUGCAGCCCAUGAUCAACUAUGGCAUGGGAAUGGCUCCUUUCUUCAAGGUGACUGUGUUUGAGCAGGAACACUUCCAGGGAAAAUGUCAGGAGUUCACCUCAGAAUGCUGCAACAUCCAGGAGUGUGGCUUUGACAACAUCCGUUCUAUUCGCGUUGAGAGUGGCUCCUGGGUGGGUUAUGAGCACCACGACUUCCAGGGACAGCAGUUCAUCCUGGAGAGAGGAGAAUAUCCUCACUGGGAUGCCUACAGUGGAAACCUGUCAUACCACGUGGAGAGACUCAUGUCUUUUAGACCUGUCUACUGUGCUUCUCACCAGAGCAGUCGCAUGACCAUUUUCGAGAGGGAGAACUUCCUGGGCCGCUGUGUGGAGCUGUGUGACGACUACCCCUCUCUGCAGGCCAUGGGAUGGUGUGGUCCUGAAGUGGGCUCCAUGCAUGUGCAAUGCGGCGCUUUUGUGUGUUACGAGUUCCCAGGAUACAGGGGAAGGCAGUACAUCAUGGAGUGUGAGAGGCACAGCGGAGACUUUCAGCACUGGAGAAACUGGGGUUCCCACAGCCAGACCCCUCAGAUCCAGUCCAUCCGCAGAAUCCAGCACUAAGAGCUCAGGCUCACCGGGGGACACUUCACCGAUCACCCUGCCGCCUGACAAACACACUUUACACAUACACACGCUCACACUGUUUUUCCUAACGAGUGUCUUUUUAUUGCUAGGAACACACACAUCUACGCGGCACACAUACCAUCAUGUUUUACACAAGGGUGCCAAUCACAUUUCUGACUAUGACUAAUGUCAGGUG